ACCAUCUCCACGCGGCCGCUUUGUCGGGGGUGGGACUAGUGGUCGUUGUUGAGGAAGGCUGACUGUCCUACUAACGUUACGAUCUUACAGGUAGAUAGAUAUAUGUUAAAGAAUCUAACAGGUCGGCAAUAACUUUGGCUUGUUUAAAUAAUGGUUCAAUUUCAAAGGUAUUGGCUGAAAAACCUUAUCCUGCAGAGUCCGUACUGUCGGGGAGUUCUACCAUCGAGAAAAAGUUAUAUCCCUGAGUUCUCAUUUUGCCUUUUGUUUGGACAUCGAUGCGCUGGAUACAGUACCACAUCAGGGAUCCCUGGUGUGAGAGAACGUACUCUAGUUGCAGUGAAACCAGAUGGGGUCCAGCGGCGCCUUGUGGGGCAGAUCACACAACGCUUUGAACAGAAAGGCUUCAAACUGGUGGGCCUGAAGAUGCUACAGGCACCAGAGGAGCAGCUCUCUCAGCAUUACCAUGAGUUAAGGAGGAAGCCAUUUUACCCCAGUCUCCUGCACUACAUGACCUCUGGUCCCAUAGUUGUUAUGGUGUGGGAGGGUUAUAAUGUGGUCCGGACAUCCCGGAUCAUGAUAGGAGACACCAACCCAGUCGAGGCCCAAGCAGGCACCGUUCGAGGGGACUUCAGCAUACACAUCAGCAGAAAUGUGGUCCAUGCCAGUGAUUCAGUAGAGGGGGCUCAGAGGGAGAUCCAGCUGUGGUUUCAUCGAAAGGAACUGAUGGAUUGGGACUGCUGUGACCACAGUAGUACCUACCAGAUAUGAGACAGAGAUAGAAAGAGAGAGUGAAGCAUUUCAUUAUACUGUUGUAUCCUGUGCAUGUGACAAUGAAACUUGAAAGAGUGAACAAGGUAGAACGACCAAUAGGAAUAGUGGCUCCAUAACCAUACCUACCUCUUUGUGUCUUGCUUGCAACACAGUGUCCCACGUGCAAUACUCAUCCCUCUCCAUCGUGGGUGGCUCCAAUACCCCUAAGCCUCUCAGCUACUAUUAUAGUGUUCGGUCCUCACCAUAUGUACAGUGCGUUCAGAAAGUAUUCAGAGCCCUGGACUUUUUCCACAUUUUGUUACGUUACAGCCUUAUUCUAAAAUGAAUGAAACAGUUUUUUUCCCCCUCAUUCAUCUA